AUGAGAUAUAUGCACGAAAAAGCUUUAAAUUUUUGGGAAGUUGGUUACAAACUGUUCCAUGGGAAAGUUUGCGCUCCCGAAAUACAAGUUGUAAGUGGGCAGCAAGUUCCAGGUGAUUGUUCUAUACAAAACUCAAGUAUAAACUUUGCAGUGCCUUCUAAACCAAUCAUAGCUCAGGAAGCAUUGGAACCAAUUCUACAAGGUGUUUUUGUAGACACUAUGAAGAUGUUUGCAAGCUAUGUAGGGGAAAAACCUAAAAUUGCAAGGGGUAAAGGCAAAACAAUGGGAGACAUAGAUUGCUGGGGUUUUUGGCAAACAAGAAUAAAAAGCAAUGGCAGAAACUCAGCAAAUUUCAAGAAUCCAAAUCAUACACAGGAACAAGUUGUUCCCUUACCACCACUUGGAACUCGGCAGAGACAGCAGCCAGUAUAUGACAACAGGCCAAGAAAUCCAAAUCAUACACAGGAACAAGUUGUUCCCUUACCACCACAGGGAACUCCGCGGAGACAGCAGCCAGUAUAUGACAACAGGCCAAGCGUACAGACGUGUGACCCGCUUGGACGUAUCUUACAAGUAAUGAUUAAGAUACAUGCUGUUUUAUUCAUUGACCUUGACAAUUACUCUUCAUUUUUCUCUGAAUUGGAGUUCAAAGUCCUUCCGGAAAAACUUUUUAUUAUUGGCUUCUCUGGUGGGACAAGUAAAUGGAGACCACCACACUCAUGCCCUGCCUUCAACAAUCACCUAGGAAAGGGCUUAUUUUAUCUUCAAAACUGUGGGAUGGAAAAGGAAGCCACAGAUGAAAAACUUUUAUAUAUGGCAAGAAGACUUGGGGUGUAUCUUCCUCCUAACAGAACUUUCCUUAUUAUAUCUGGAGAUGGAGGAUUCUACAGAUACAUAAAACAUGCUAACAGACAUGUACAAAUAAUAAAUCCUCACCAGAGAGGUGCCAGAGAAGAGAUGUACUAUGUGAUUUUAAACCAUUUAAAGCGCUAAACAUACCAUAAUGAGACUAAUCUAUCUCCUACUUGUAUAAAUUGUAUGGUUAAUUUUGUGCAAGAGCUAUGUUCCUUGUGUCAUAUGAUAUGAAUGAUGACAAGGAACAAUAAUUUUUGAAGCAAAUCAAUCACGUAACAAGUACAAAAGUUGCUGCAAGAUGCAGGAAAAGGAAACUCCGCGCCAAUCAAAGCAGUGUAUGUAGUACUGAUAGAACAGGAGAUGAUAUAAAGAUACUUGUGUCUUUGUUGCAGACCCUAGGCAAACAGACACUCUGAUGGGGUUUCAUGAAUGUUGGAGAAAAAACAUUGUCUUUAUAGUCACUGUGUGAGCAGGAUUUGUAUUGUUGUAUUUAGUGUCCUAAAUAUUCAAUAAUCAUGACCUAUAUAUGCGAAACUGACUUCUAAUUCUUUGUAUAUGGAAUCAGAAAGGUCUAAUACUUAUCAGUUGUUCCAGAUGGAAUGAAAUGUAUUGUAUAUACAAGGUUGUGCUUAAAUUCAGACUUACGUAGUUGUUCAUCGAGAGUGACUGAGUUUCAAACUUCUCUCAGAUGUUAUCAAGACCAUUAUUCUGAUAAAUGUCUAAUCAGGAAUGUGAAUUCUGUACGAUACUUUCAAGUUAAACAAGAGCUGUCGGAGGACAGCAACGCUCGACUAUUCAACAGCCUUGUCGAUUGAACGAAUAAGAAAGUCGAAAAAGGAGCAUAAUUUAGUAAAAAAAAAGCAAAAUAGGGUUAUGGAACCUGACAGUAGACAUGUGUGUGAAGUUUCAAUCCAUUCCCAUAAGUGGGUACUGAGAUACUAGCUUACAUAUAAGAAUUUAACCAAAACCUCCUAAGUUGAAAAAGAGGCAUAAUUUUGUAAAAUGCGAAGUUGAGUUAUUGACCCUUUGCACUGCAUGUCAUAUCAUGACAGUGAACAAGUGUGUGAAGUUUCAAUCCUUUCCCAUUAGUGGAUACUGAGAUACCAGCUUACAUACAAAAACUUAACCAAAAAUUUCUAUGUUGAAAAAGGGGCAUAAUUUUGUAAAAAAAGCAAAAUAGAGUUAUGGGACCUACUUUGUGCAUGUCAGAUCAUGACAGUGAACAAGACUUUGAGUGUGUGUGUGUGUGUGUGUGUGUGUUGUUCGUUUUGUCCUGAUGUGUAAGCUUUGAGUGUGUGGUGCACAAGUUUGCGUGCUGGGGGGUUCGUUUUGAGGAGGCUGCGCUUUUGGUGCGUGGCAUUCCCUGUUUGAUAUUUUUCUUUGUUUUUAGUGUGUGAAGUUUCAAUCCAUUCCCAUUAGUGAGUACUGAGAUACCAGCUUACAUACAAAACCUUAACCAAAAAUUUCUAAGUCGAAAAAGGGGCAUAAUUUUGUAAAAAAGCAAAAUAGAGUUAUGGAACCUGUGCAUUGUAAGUCAGUUUAUCACAGUUAAUUUCAAUCCAUUCCUACAAGUGGUUACUGAGAUACCAGCUUACAUACAAAACCUUAACCAAAAAUUUCUAAGUCAAACAAGAGGGCCAUGAUGGCCCUAUAUCGCUCACCUGUUAUCAUUGCACUUGAGGACAAGAAGGUCCUCAGAAAAAAUACCUAAGUCCAAAUGACAGUAACAACAGAGGGAAGAAAUUUAACCAAAAAAAAAAAAAAAAUUCUUACAAGGUACAGAUAUGUCAAAAUAUACCUACAAAUUGGAGGUACCAUCCAUGUUGUACAACAGAAAACUGGUCUCGAUUUUUCCCAACGGCCAAUAAUAAAAAAGUUACUAAAAAUAAGCUAUUUAUAGUAACGUAAAAGGGAAGUAAUUAAAAAAAAAAUUAUUGUAAGUGAAGAAAGAAGGAUCUGCCAAAUAAAUCUGUUGACAUAAAUGAAAUUUCAGAUCAGUAUCUUCAUUAGUUACGGAGAUAUACCCAUUUUAAUUUGAAAUAAAGGGAGGAAAUUUGACAUAAAAUCAGUCCAUAGUUAUCUACCCUGAUUGGCUCAGUCCAACUAAUGACAAUAAUGAAAUUUCAAAUAAGUACUAUAAGUACUUACUGAUAUACAGUCGAGUCCACUUAAUACGAACUCGCUUGAUAAGAAUUUUCGGCUAUAACGAACAAAAUCCAGAUUCCCCGGCUCAGCCCUCCUAUUUCUUUGUAAAAUUACUUCGGUAAUAGCGAACUCGCUUCAUACGAAUUUUCGGGAGAUACAAACACAUUUUGGAAGUCCCAAUGAGCUAAAAUGUUAUAAGUUUCCAUUUUUUGAUACGAACUAAUUUUAGAAGUCGGUGGCCAUUUUUUUUUUUUUGCUACGCUUGAUCUUUUAACAGUUUGAAUCUCUACAAUGCUGAUAUUUAGUCGGAGUGAUUAUCACCUCUAUUCGAUAAAUACAUACCGUAAUAAAGAGAUUAACACUAUGUAUGCAGUUAUUUUAUUCAUCACAGUCGAGUCCAAGUAAUAAUGUCUUUAGCAGUUCAGCCAUAAUUACUUUUAUUUGUACACGUCUCCAUGAAAAUAUAACUUCAUUAUGUUUUAAGGCUAUGUAGUGUACUUUUAGUAUCAAAAAUACAACAAAAAAUUACCUUUUUUUUUCAAGUAAGGCCAGCAUUUUUUUAUUUUCUGGUUUACAGGAGAUUUUUCAAAAAGUUUGGGUCAGGGGGGACAAAUAAAAAUAAAAAUAAAAAUCCCAAUUUUGAGCAGUCGACCAAUUAAAUAAAAAUAAAACGUCCAAAAGGAUACAAUUUUUUUUAUUUUUUGUACACCACAGAAAACAAAAGCUUGCAAGCUUAAAUUGCAUACACACUCACAAAUGAACUAUUCUGAACUGGUUUAUAUCUCAUCAUCUCAGUAUACUGUUGUUUUCUUUAUGUGUAGCUUGUAUGAAUAAUGCAAUUUUCAAAGUCACCAAGAUAUGUAUUAUUUGUGUUUUUGUAUGUAUCUAUUUUGUAGUAAAAAUAUACUAAG